AUGGCCGAAAUUCAGGACGAGGACGACCGGUCCAUCGAAUUGUCCUCCAUCGCCGCCAUCUAUCCAGAGAUCAAGAUCGACCCGGACAACCCUUUCAAGGCGACCCUCGAGCUCCCAGUCACCCUCCCGUCGCCUACCCAAGUCUGCUUCCAACAGCCCCUCGAUCUCGGACCCCCACCGGCGCUAACGCCGCCAACCUCUGUCGAUGGCUUUAAAGCCGACUUGGGCCAGAAUGCCGCCCGUGACGUUCACAUCCUCUCGCAUCUUCCCCCGUUAAACCUGAGCAUCGAAUUGCCCGAUGGCUAUCCCACCGAGAAACCCCCGAUCGUUCGGCUUACUACUCAUCCGUUAUGGCUCCCGUCAACGGUCCUUGCGAAACUGAACGACGAUUGUACCCGACUAUGGGAAGAAUGCGGGCGGGAUAUGGUGGUCUACACUUAUAUUGACCAUCUUCAACAAUCGGCCGAGUCGGCCUUUGGCAUCCAGGAUACUACGGAUGGAGAAUUGUGUCUAUCACGGGACCUGAAGAUCGCUCUGUUGGAUUUCAACAGCAAGGCCGAGCGCGAGAAGUUUGAACAGGAAACUUUUGAAUGCGGGGUAUGUCUGGAACCGAAAAAAGGCGCCACUUGCCACCGACUACUGCGCUGCUCCCACGUGUUUUGCGUCCCUUGUCUGCAAGACUUCUACAACACUUGCAUUGCUGAGGGUGACGUGGACAGUGUGAGGUGCUUGGCCCCGGACUGUGAGAAAAGCCAGAGCCCGACACUUGCUCCAGGUGACGGUCAGACUCCUCGCCGCAAGAAGCGCGAUCGUACUCUCGGUCCCAGUGAGCUUCUUGAAAUCCCUCUAUCCACAGAGAUAGUGCAACGAUAUGUCUUCCUCAAACGCAAGAAGAAGAUUGAAUCCGAUAAGACUACGGUAUAUUGCCCCCGCCAGUGGUGCCAAGGGGCAGCCAGAUCAAAGCGGCAUCCCAAACCCAGCGACCCCAUGGCCGACGCCGAUGACGCCGAUGCUUCUGAAGAUGAGGAGGAACCUACCUUUGAUCCGCUAGGGGAAAAGGGAGAUCUCCCCCCGUUGCUGAACGACGUCUGCCGAAAGGGCUGGCAUGGUGAACUCGUCAGGUGCAUGCCUCAGCGCAAGGUCGAGGAGCUGUCUGCCGAAGAAACGGCAACCGAAGAAUACAUGCGCUUGUACACCUCUCAAUGCCCGACAUGCACGGUUCCUUGCCAGAAACGCAUGGGCUGCAACCACAUGCGCUGCUUCCAGUGCGAUACACAUUUCUGCUAUCUAUGCUCAGCCUGGUUGUCACCGGAUAACCCGUAUAGCCACUUCAAUCAGACUAGCAGCACGUGCUAUAACCGCUUGUGGGACUUGGAGGGUGGCGACGGACUGGAUCCAGAAGGUGCCGAAGCGCUGCACCGGAUCCCAGAAGCACUGCUUGUCUUUGACGACGAAGAUCAUGAUGGAGCCGUGCAGGACGUUGAGCUGGAUAACGACACGGAAAGCGAAUGGAGCUCCUCGGACGAAGAUGAUGACCGCCCAGCAUGGGACUUUGACUUCAGCGACGACGACCAAGAUCGCCACCACCGCCCUCCUCCUCCAGCCCCCGUCCCUCCUCGAGUUCCAGGCGCAGGCCGCGGUCCAGGCGCAAACCAUCCCGGCCAAGAUGCUGCAGCUCGUGCCGCCAUGGAGCGUGAGGAACAAGCCCGGGCGAUGGCGGAAAUCCGCAAUCGCAACCGCAACCGACCUGCGCGACGAGCGGAGCAGCCACGCAACGGCGCCCCUCAGGAGCCGCGGGGCAUGAUCGGGCUCCAGCGGUUCUUGGAGUUGGUGCAGAACGAUCGCGAAGAUGAAUGGGAUAGUGAUGAGCUUGAGGAUUUUUAA